AUGAGGACGUCGUUUCUCAAGCCAUCCAUCCCUAUUCUCUUUGCAUGGUGCUCUUUGGCAUCCUUUCCUCUCAGCUCGGUUCGGAAGGAAACUAAUCUGCCUUUCGCGGCCAACAAAUUCAUUGUAGAGUUGGACAGUGUUGUUGAUAUCACGGGUAAAAGAUCUGGCAUCUCGGUCCAUACAAGCUUUUACGCGUCGUUGAACGAAAGAGCAGUCGGCUUUCACAUCGACAAAGAGUUCGAUGCUCCCGAAAUCUUUGUGGGAGCUGCUCUGACUUUAGAGGCGGUGGAAGGCGUCAAAUCCGUCCGUCCUGUCCAAACAUUCAAUCGUCCAGCACCCGUCUUUACUCAUGUCGUCACCGGCAUCAAUGAUGCAGCUAUACCACCCGAUUCUCAAUCAACACAUAUUCUGACGGGUGUUGACAAACUACAUGCGGCUGGAAUUACAGGAUCUGGGAUCAAAAUCGGAAUUUUUACAGGGAUUGAUUACACACACCCUCUACUUGGUGGCGGGUUCGGCCCAGGCUUCAAGGUAGUGGGAGGAUACGACCUUGUUGGUGACAAUUUUGACGGCACGAAUUCCCCCGUUCCGGACCCAGAUCCGUUAGAUCAGUGUCAAGGCCACGGAACCCAUGUCGCUGGAAUCAUCGCUGCGGAUCCUAUCAAUGCAUACAACAUUAGUGGAGUUGCCUACUCAUCUUCGAUAUCCGCUUACAGGAUCUUUGGGUGUAAAGGCUACGUCACGGACGAUGUGAUCAUCGACGCCUUAAUCAUGGGAUAUAACGAUGGUCAAGAUAUCCUGACUUUAUCGCUGGGCGGUGCCUCUGGGUGGACGGAAUCUGCGAGUUCAGUCGUGGCGAGUAGAAUUGCGGCUACUGGAAAGAUUGUCACUAUCGCUGCUGGUAACGAUGGAUCCUCUGGUUCCUGGUUUUCCUCCGGCCCAGGUAAUGGUAUCGACGUCAUUUCAGUCGCAAGUUUAGACAACACAGCGAUACCCCUGCAAAAUGCUACUGUGGGCGGAGUGGUGCAUGACCCGAUCACAUAUUUUGAAACGUUUCCGUUCCCUAUAACCAAGGCGCUUCCUAUCUAUGCCAUUUCUAACGAUACGAGUGUUGUGGAUGACGCCUGUUCAGCCUUGUCUGAUUCUACGCCAGACCUUUCAAGUUUUUUGGUUAUUGUCAGAAGAGGGACCUGUCCUUUUACGCAAAAACUUGCAAACAUCGCAGCCAAAGGGGCCACUGUUGCGUUCAUUUAUGAUAAUGGUAAUGGAUUCGCGGGUAUUUCCGUUGGUGAUUUUACCGCCACCCUCAUACAGGCAGUGGAUGGCGAAUUUCUUGUAUCCCAGUUCGCCGCAGGUGUACCCGUUACAAUUUCUUUCCCGCAAUCCGGAGGAUCAUAUAGCUAUCCUAAUCCUGCAGGAGGUUUGAUCUCGUCUUUCACUAGUUAUGGCCCUACAAACGAUUUCUUCUUCAAGCCCGCUAUUGCUGCACCCGGUGGAAACAUCUUGUCGACUUUGCCUGUAAACUUCGGUUCUUUUGGUGUCGAGUCUGGGACAUCAAUGGCUACUCCCUUCGUAGCGGGCUGUGCUGCUCUAUUGUUAAACGUCAAAGGAAAAGACCGGUCUAUCGGUAAGACGGCCCGUACCUUGUUCGAAACGACGGCGACUUUGGUCUCAUCGAGUCAUACCGAUGGCGAUCCGUGGCAAACAGUUACACAGCAAGGUGCUGGUUUGAUCAAUGUCUAUAACGCUAUCCAUACCACUACGAUUGUGUCUCCCGGAGAACUCAUAUUGAACGAUACGGCAAACUUUCAAGGACUUCAACAAUUUACGGUCCAGAACACGGGGAAGAGUGCUAAAUCGUAUCAACUAAGCCAUGUCCCGGCAGGUACUGCCAUAACUAUCAGACCGGGUACCUUCUUCCCGGCCCUAGGCCCUGUUCCAUUGACAUCAGACCAAGCCAAAGUGUGGCUGAGUCAAACGAAAUUCACGCUGCGACCUGGUCAAAAGAAGACGAUAGUCGCAUCUUUCAUGGCGCCUUCGGGGCUCGAUUCCUCUUUGCUUCCUGUUUAUAGUGGGUUCAUACAGGUUUCAAGCGGCAGUGAAAUCACCCAUGUGUCAUAUAUGGGCUUGGCAGCCUCUCUGAGGGACCAGCAAGUCGUUGACAACACAGAUUUCUUAUUCGGCGUACCUCUACCCCUUAUCUUGGACACCAAUGGAAACGUACAGACAGGUCCAAUCAAUUAUACAUUUGCCAACAGCAACUACCCCAGUUUGCUUUUCCGCCUGGCUUUCGGCACGCCACUCCUUCGCGUAGAUCUGGUUGAGUCCGAUAUCGAUUUCCAGCCGACUCUCAAUACUCGCGCGCUGGACUCGGGCCAUUUCUUUACAUUCCCUCAUACACAUAAUGGCGGGAGCUUUGCACGCGUGAAGAUCGUUGGACCAUUGGCUGAAUUGGACUUCUUCAGUCGAAAUGAUGAGGAUCCUGAUAAUUUCGGAUACAAUACGAUCGCAAUGAGAUCACCGGUUUUCGCCAAUGGUACUGCUAUACCUAAUGGCUCGUACAAAUUUCUUCUACGUGCACUGAAGGUGACGGGUGAUCCGACAAAGGAGGAGGAUUUCGAGAGCUGGCUGAGUCCCAUCAUAGGAAUUGUAGCGUAG